AUGGUGCAGAACAGACGGAGUCGAUUGUUGGUGCUCACUACGAUCACCAUUGGUCUCCUAAUCUUCUGGAAACGCGGAGUAAAGGAAGAACCAGCAACGCUACCUGUAGCUCCUGCUCUUCUCGACGGCGACAAUUUGAAUACAUCUGGCCUCUACACCGAAUUUGCCAUCUCCUAUGACACCGUCUUCCGACUGCUUGAAGCCAACGUCUCUGCCAUGAUUCAAAAGAGGCGGGCUCGACUGUUGGUGCUCACUGCGGUGAUCAUUGGUCUGCUACUCCUCUGGAAACGAGGAGUCCAGGAGCCACCAUCAAAGCUCCCCGUAGCUCCUGUUCUUCACGCCGGCAACCAUUUGAAUACCUCGAGCCUCUACACCGAAUUUGCGAUCUCAUAUGACACCGAUCCGCCAAACCCCGACCCAGCCGACCCGUACUCUAUCUGUCGACUCGUACGCUACAAACCUUUGACGGCAGAGUUGAACGGGAUUUUUGCCGAUCAGACGCCCUAUUGUACAAAUCCUGAAUACGUCCCUGCUACAGAAGUGCGAGACGGUGCAAUUGGCUAUCGAAAUUCGGAGUUCUGGGGCCGCCGGGUGAGCAGCUGCAAGGCCAGAUGCCACUACUACAAAGGGACGGUAGGCUUCCGCCCCGGACCAUGGUUCCGCCUCGAGUCCGGCAAACCUCAGCCGAUGGACUGUGAUUUUAUUUAUGCGGAAUGCUACCUGAAAUCGAAACUUGUGGAUGCCUUUCUGCACAAUCAAGUGUACAGAAACAAAUCCGAAACUGGCGAGCGCCCUGCAAAGAGGACUUCCGGAAUGCCGGAUGUAAUUCUAAUAGUGUUGGACUCUGUAGCGACCUCACAAGCGGAAAGAUCUCUCCCAAAAACCCUCGAAUUUCUGGUCAACGAGAUGAGCGGCGUGCAGUGGCCAUUUUUAAAUCGCGUCGGUUCGAACAGUAUGGUUAAUGGCCUCGCUUUUUUGCAUGGAAAGCGUAUCAACAGCGUGCAAAAACACACCGGUGAAGAGCUGGAGCCAGAAUGGGAUUGGGACAAGGUCUGCAAUCAAUACCGCGACAACGACACCGGUGUUGUCACGGAUUAUGAGAAGCUAGGCUACAAAACGCUAUUCGGGUGCGAGAGCUCGGGCGGCGAUAUCUGGGCGGCGCCGAAUUGCAAGGGAUACAGCUACCAGCCGACACAUCACUAUUUCGGUCCAGCUGCCGGCUCCUUCUAUGAAAUCAAGGGGCUGCUGGGCCGGAUGGCAAAGGGAUGCUGGGAACCUCACAAUAUGCUGCUCGAUUAUUUGUCGAAUUUCUAUAAGGCGUAUCCUGAAAACCCGAAGCUCGGCAUCAUCUGGCCGGCCUAUAUCGGACACAACAACCCGAAUGAGCUGCCCCAUUCCGACAUCGACUUCAAGCAGUGGUUCGACGAUAACCGGCCGCUGCUCUCCGAUUCGUUCAUCUUCUUCAUGGCCGACCACGGGCCCAGAUAUGGCAACCUAACCACAACAAAAAUCGGACAAUACGAGGCGAACAACCCGAUGCUGGUCACUGUCGUGCCCGAAUGGUUGCGAGCGAAUAAGCGACUGAUGUCAAACCUACGGGAAAACUCGAAGCAUUUGGUGACGCAGUACGACGUCUACGCCACGCUGAUGGACAUUUUGGAGACCGACUUCGACGCACCAUUUCUCCCAUUCCGCUUCAAAGAAAUUCUAAGGCCGAAUCCAAACAAUGGCACGUCACUGCUACGCCCACUCGGCCCGUUCAGUCACCGUACUUGCCGGAACGUGCCGAUCUCCACCGAAUUCUGUCUCUGCCAAUAUGACAAGAUUUCGAAGAGACCCGAAGACGUGCCGGAUCUCGACCGUAUGGGCCAAGUCGCGGUUACUGGAUUGAACCAGAAGCUUCGUACCUACAAUGUGUCACAUUUGUGUGAGGACUGGCGCUUGAAACGGAUAGACACGGUAGCAGCCGUGGAGCCGGAGGACCAGACGCAACUCUACAAAAUCAUCGUCACCGUUGACCCGGGGGCUCAUCGUUUCGAAGCGACGAUCCGCCGCGACUCGAACGCGGUUUCCGGCAUGCGACUACUAUCACUGAGCGAGCGACUGACCAGCUAUGGGCAUACCGCCAAUUGUGUUCUCAAAACGGAAACAGCCCUCCGAGCCGAUAUGAGGACGUAUUGUUAUUUUCAAAAAAGGCGGGCUCGACUGUUGGUGCUCACCGCGGUGAUCAUUGGUCUGCUACUCCUCUGGAACAGAGGAGUCCGGGAGCCACCAUCAAAGCUCCCCGUAGCUCCUGUUCUUCGCGAUGACAACGGUUUGAAUACCUCGGGCCUCUACACCGAAUUUGCCAUCUCUUAUGACACCGACCCGCCAAACCCCGACCCAUCGGAUCCGUUCUCCACCUGCCGCCUUGUACGCUACAAUCCACUGCCCGCCGAGCUGAAAGGCUUUGCCCGCAAUCCGGGGCCCUGCAAAAAUCCAGGAUAUGUCCCGGCCACAGAACUGCGUGACGGUGCAAUCGGAUUGCGGGAGUCGGCAUUCUGGGCCUCAAGGGUGAACAGCUGCCAAGCUAGGUGCCUGUACUACGUGAGGCCGAGGGAGCUCGGUCGCGGGAACUGGGUCAACCUCAAGCGCGGUAAAUUCGAGCCGAUGAACUGCGACUGGAUCCACUCGGAAUGCUACAUGAAGUCGAACCUCAGCGACGCCUUCCUCCACAAUCAGAUUUACAGAAACAAGUCAAAGACAAGCCAGGCAUCGACGUCGGCGCCAUCGUCCCGCCGACCGGACGUCAUUCUAAUCGUACUGGAUUCGGUGGCUAUGACACAGGCCGAAAGAUCACUCCCAAAAACCCUCGACUUCCUGGUGAACGAAAUGGGCGGCGUGCGGUGGCCAUUUUUGAAUAGGGUCGGUGAGAACAGCAUGGUGAACGCCUUCGCUUUUUUGCACGGGAAACGCAUUCGGACCGUGAUGAAGUACACGGGCGAAGAGUUGGCUCCGGAAUGGAAUCGGGACAAAUACUGCUACCAAUACCGCGACAACGACACCGGUGUCGUCACGGAUUAUGGGAAACGGGGUGGGACCUCGUACGGCGAUAUCUGGGCGUCGCCGAAUUGCAGAGGCUACAGCUACCAGCCGACGCAUCACCAUGCAGAACCGGCAUCCCUGGCGUGGACGUGGCCCUCGCUGAGUGACAGGAUGAGGGCGGGCUGCUGGGAGACGCACCAUUGGCUGCUCGACUAUCUGUCCAACUUUCUCAAGGCAUAUCCGGAAGACCCAAAGCUCGGCUUCUUGUGGCCAAGCCACCUUGCGCACGACGACCCGAACGAACUGCUCCACGCCGAUGUCGAUUUCAAGCGAUGGUUCCAGGACAAUCGGGAGCUGUUGUCCGAGUCGUUCAUCUUCUUCAUGGGCGACCACGGGCCCAGAUUUGGACCGCUGACACAGACGAAAAUCGGACACUACGAGGUGAACAAUCCGCUGCUGGUCACUGUGGUCCCGGAACGAUUGCGUGGACACGAGCAACUGAUCAAAAAUCUGCAAGAAAACGCGAAGCACCUUGUGACUCAGUACGACGUCCACGCGACGCUGAUGGAUAUUUUGGAGACCUCCUUCAACAAGGCACAUCUGCGGUUCGAGUUCAAGGAGAUUCUGAAGCCAAACCCGAACAAUGGCACGUCACUGCUACGCCCCCUCGGACCGUUCAGCCACCGUACAUGCCGGAACGUGCCAAUCUCCACCGAACACUGCCUGUGCCAAUACGAUAAGAUUCCGAAAAUACCCAAAGACGUGCCCGACCUCGACCGAAUGGCCCAAAUCACGAUGGAGGCCCUUAACCAGAAAGUCCGCGACAACAAUAUGACGGAUAUAUGUGUUGAGUGGACGUUAGACAAGGUGCCGGUGGUCACUGCGAUGGCUCCCGAAAACGUGAUGCAAAUCUACAUAAUCAGCGUCAUCGUCAACCCUGGGAAACAUCGUUUUGAAGGGACGCUGCGCCGCGAUCCGAACGCCGACGGUGGGCUGCGUCUGUUGGCGCUGAGCGAGCGGCUGACGGCAUACGGGAAUACGGCAGACUGCGUGGAAAAGGUCGCACCCCGUCAGAUUGAUAUGCGGAAAUAUUGCCACUGUCGGAAGCAGAAG